AUGCAAAUCUUGCCAAAGUCUCAUCCGGAUUUCGCAAUCACCUACAACUACAUCGGUUUAGCCUACAAUAGUUUAGGAAAGUAUUCAACAGCCCUCGAAUAUUACCAGAAGGCACUUCCUAUACUCCAGAAAACCGUUCCAGUGCUUCAUUCACACUUAGCCAUGACCUUCAACAACAUAGGUUCCGCUUAUUCUGCAUUGGGUGACCACUCAAGGGCUCUGGAAAACCAUCAGAAGGCGCUUGUCGUUCAAGAGAAAGCUCUGCCUGCAUCUCAUCCAGAUAUAGCCACCACCAACAAUAACAUAGGUUCGGUUUACUAUCACAUGGGUGAACACUCGAGAGCUUUGGAAAUCCAAACAAACGCACUUGGCAUUCGCGAGAAAACUCUUGCAGCAGAUCACCCCGAUAUAGCCACUAGUCACAGCAAAAUAGGUGUCCUCUACAGUGAAAUGGGUGAUCACUCAAAAGCCCUUGAAUACCAAAACAAGGCUCUUAGUAUUCGGCAAAGAAUUCUUCCAACCGAUCAUCCCGAUAUAGCCGACAGUUACAACAACAUAGGCUUGGUUUACUCCAGCAUAGGUGAUCAGUCGAGAGCACUAGAGAAUCACCAGAAGGCCCUUAAUAUUCAGCACAAAACUCUUCCUGAAUUUCAUCCAAGUUUAGCCGACAGUUACAACAACAUAGCUGGGGUUUAUCAUCACAUGGGUAACCACCCAAGAGCUCUCCAAAACCACCACAAGGCUUUCGGUAUUCGCAAAAAAAUUCUUCCAGCCGAUCAUCCCGAUAUAGCCAACAGUUACAACAACAUAGGCUUGGUUUACUCCAGUAUAGGUGAUCAGCCAAGAGCUCUUGAAAAUCAAAAGAAGGCGCUCAGUGUCCGACAGAAAAUUCUUCCUGCACUUCAUCCCGAUUUGGCCACGAGUUACAGCAACAUAGCUGGGGUUUAUCAUCACAUGAGUGACCACACAAAAGCUCUUGAAUACGCGAAAAAGGCGCUUGGUAUUCGACAGAAAACUCUUCCUGCAUUUCAUCCAAGUUUAGCCAGCAGUUACAGCAACAUAGCUGGAGUUUAUCAUCACAUGGGUGACGACACUAGCGCUCUUGAAUACGAGGAAAAGGCGCUCGGUAUUCGACAGAAAAUUCUUCCUGUAUUUCAUCCCGACUUAGCCAACAGUUACGACAGCAUAGGUGUAAUCUACUCUAGAAUGGGAGAUCAGUCGAGAGCUCUUGAAAAUCACAAGAAGGCUCUUGAUAUUCAGGAGAAAACUCUUCCUGCAUUUCAUCCAAAUUUAGCUGGCAGUUACAACAACAUAGCUAGAGUUUAUUAUCGCAUGGGUGACUACUCAAGAGCUCUUGAAAGCCAUCAGAAGGCGCUGGAUAUUCGACUGAAAACUCUGCCUCCGUUUCAUCAAGAUUUAGCGGACAGUUACAACAACAUAGCUGGGGUUUAUCAUCGCAUGGGUAACCACGUAAUAGCUCUUGAAUACGAAGAAAAGGCGCUCGGUAUUCAGGAGAGAACUCUGCCUCCGUUUCAUCCACAUUUAUCCGGCAGUUACAACAACAUAGCUUUGGUCUACUCUAGGGUGGGUGAUCAGCCGAGAGCUCUUGAAAAGCACAAGAAGGCCCUUGAUAUUCAGGAGAGAACUCUUCCUGCAUUUCAUCCGGACUUAGCCACCAGUUACCACAAUAUAGCUGCGGUUUAUUAUCACAUGGAUGACUACUCAAGAGCUCUUGAAUACGAAGAGAAGGCACUCGGUAUUCAGGAAAAAAUUCUUCCAGCAUCACAUCCCGAUUUAGCCACCAAUUACAACGGCAUAGCUGUGAUCUACUCUAGUAUGGGUGAUCAGUCGAGAGCUCUGGAAAAUCACCAGAAGGCCAUUGAUAUUCAGCAGAAAACUCUUCCUGUAUUUCAUCCCGACUUAGCGAGCAGUUACAACAACAUAGGAUUGAUCUACUCUAUCAUGGGUAAUCAGUCGAGAGCUCUUGAAAACCAUCAGAAGGCGCUGAAUAUCCGGCAGAAAACUCUUCCUGCAUUUCAUCUGGAUGUAGCCGACAGUUACAACAAGAUAGCGGAGAUUUAUGAUCUGAUGGAUGACUACCCAAGAGCUCUUGAAAGCCACCAGAAGGCGCUGGAUAUUCGACUGAAAUCUCUGCCUCCGUUGCAUCUAGAUUUAGUCGACAGUUACAACAGCAUAGCUUCGGUGUAUUUUAGCAUGGGUGAUCAAUCGAGAGCACUUGAAAACUAUCAAAAGGCGCUUGUGGUUAAGAAGAAAACUUUUUCAGCAUCUCAUCCAAGUUUAGCGAUGACUUACAACAAGAUAUGUUCGGUUUACUCUGAAAUGGGUGAUUACUCAAAAGCCCUGGAAUACGGCAAAAAGGCGAUUGGUAUUUGGCGGAAAACGCUUCCAGCAUCUCAUUGGAAUAUUGUGGUAGGGUACAAUAACAUUGGUUUCUUGUAUUGGAAGUUGGGGAAGCACUCCAGCGCGUUCAAAAACUAUGCUAAAUCAGGUGAAAUUGAAGAAAAAACUGUAUCCCCAAAUUAUGGAUAUUUAGCCAGGUUGUAUGACAAGAUGCGUGUUUUGUACGAAGGUUUGGGAAAAGAAGCAUCUGCGCAUGAAUAUCGCAAAAAGGCGCUUGAAAUGGAGCAGAAGUCUAAGCUGGUGAAAGCUUGA